ACUUCAUGCCCACUACCGUUCCUGAGUAGUGAUAACUAUACUUCUGGAGGUGGAUNNUUUCCUACACACGAAUUAGCAGCUGGCUGGCUCAGUGUCAUCAGUCUUAUAGCCAGUGUAUUUCUGCUUCUGACUUACGCGGUUCUGCCUCCUGAGAAGAGCCAUCGUCACUAUCUUAGUAUAGGCCUCAUAGUCUCCAACGUCUUGGCGAUCAUAGUCCCAUUAGGUUCAAAGCCUUCCAUGUGCCACGAUGCAAUCACACCUAACGACAUGUAUUCGGACUUGUCGUGCGCCUUCUCUGGGGCAUUACUCCUUUGGGGUGGCAUGGCAUCAGUCUGCUGGGUCUUGUCGCGCGCACUAUGGACACAUAUCAGAGUAUGCUGGAACAGAUCCGACACUCAAUUCUUCCUGGUAGCUUCUCAAAUCUUUUGCUGGGGCAUCCCUACGAUUCUCACUGCAGUCUGCAUGAAAUACACCGGUGUUUCGUAUCGUCUGGCAAACGUUUGUCUACCCAACAACAAGCACACCUUUACAACCUAUUUCGGAUGGAUGAUCGCCUUCGCCAGUCUGGCUUUCGUGUUGCAGAUAGCGACCAGCUUCUACUGUCUCUACAUCUAUUUGAUGAACUUAUGGAAGACCAACUCAUCGUCACCAUCACGCACCACGGGCACCUCAAGCGAGCUUCCGCUCAGUGCAACUAGGAGCACAUGGGACAAGCCGUGGAAAGCGACUCGCCAACAGGCGUGGGCUCGAGUACGCAGAGUCUUCAUACUGCAGUGGCGUAACAUUCUGCUGUGCAUGGGAGCUACCGCGAUUGUUGCUAUGCUCUCAGGUGUCUUCGUAUCCCUCAACACAUCUCUGGCAAGGGACAAGGCUCGUGGUUUCCGUGCAAAGGAGAUUGCAGGCUGGGCUGCUUGUCUCGUCAUCACGCUGGACAAGAAUCAGUGUCUGCCAUUGGCCAAACAGCUCGGCAUAACUGAGGCUGCAGUCUCCGCAAGUUUGAUCCUUACUGGCUUGACUGGCCUCAACACCUUUGCACUGCUUAUGCGUUGGAGCACACUCGUCGCAUGGUACGAACUACUACGUGGUAGUAGGAGAAGAAGAGAUUCAGAUUUCAUGAAUGCUGAGCCGCGCCGUAUCACCUUUGAGCAACCGCUGCAAUCAGAGACGAAUAAGAACGAUCUUUCGCCUGUCGAAAGUCCUGUAGACAGUCCAGUCUCAGCAUUCUUCCCUGGGCGAGGACCAGAAUCAGAUCACCACAAGCGGGACUCUCUUGGCGAUGGUUCUAUCCAGCAUCGAUUGGAUUCAAAUGCUUCAGCAGUCCAUCCUGGAAGGACCUCGAUUUUUGUUGAGCAUCCUUUUGAUGAUGAGAAANAGGAGGAACCUGGCAAGGCUCUG